AUGGUACUCUCCACAUCAAUCAACUCAAAUAUGUACAUGAUCUUUUACAGAAAGCCAAUAUUCUCAACUCCAAACCCGCAUCUACUUCAUUGGCUACCAAGGUUCUUCUCUCUGCCUGAUGGUGCUCCCAUCUCCAACCCAACCAAGUAUUGCGAGCUUGUUGGCAGUUUACAGUAUCUCACUCUUACUCGCCUUGACAUAUCUUUUGCCGUCAACACUGUUGCUCAGUUCAUGAGUGCUCCUCGCACCUCUCACCUUGUUGCCGCCAAACGGAUACUUAGGUACAUCAAGGGCACUAUUGAUCUCGGCCUCACCUUUACUUCUCAAAUUGCCGCCGCUCGCCUCUCUGCCUACUCUGAUACGAAUUGGGCUGGGUGCCCCUAUUCUCGUCGGUUGACCAUUGGAUAUGUGAUUACUCUUGGAACUAAUCUCAUCUCAUGGUGUUCCAAGAAAUAG